CUACAAUGCAAAAUGAAUGAGAGGCUAGAGGAAAUCCAGGGAACUGGCUAAUUCACCCUUGGCAAGAUAACUGCUUCUGGUAGAGGGGUUUCUUUCAAGGUUGCUAUAAAAAGGAAAGUGAGGGUGGCUGAGGGUCUCGUGCUUCUUCCCAUACUUGAAUGUGCCUGUUAAUGUUCAGAUGAGCUGGAAUGGAUCGCUACAGAUAUUUCAUCUUCAACCAGAAAAGCAUGGUUGUGUUGGGGCUCUUACAGAUAGCUUUCGCUACAAUUUGUAUCAUCAGUGGAUUAAUAGACAGUACUUUAAGAAGAGAGUCAACACUGAGUAAAACUAGGAUGCCCAUCUGGGCUGGAGUGUUUAUGGGUAUUCCUGGAAUAAUGGCAUUGUUUUCUUCUCAGAAAAAGAAUCCAAUUCUGGUGAAUGCUAUGAUAAUUGUCUCCAUAUUUUCCUGCUUCGCCAUCCUAAUUGUAGUUGUCUAUGCCUUCCUAACAUUAGAGUAUGGUGAGAAGUACGAGUUCAAUGAUGUGUCCUCUAAUCAUCCAGCUGUGGUGUUUGUGCUUGAUCGGCUAGUGGAAGGAGCUAAUGUAACAAUGUUGAUUGCAUCUAUUUUCAGUGCUGUUAUUAUGAUUAUCAUUAUUUAUGUCAGUUGCCGAAGCCUUCCAUUUUGUUCAUGUUUUGACAGCAUAACUGGACUUGAAAGACUACACUCUAAUGAAGAUCAGCUACAAACUGCAGAACUAGUUUGCAUGUCUGAUGGUCAAGUGGACAGAAUUUUUAACUCUCCAGUGCACUUUUCAGAUCUAAAUCAAGAAGAUGAUGAAAUAACCAAACCACCUCCAUACAUCAGACUUCCUUAGAAUUUUAUAAUGGAUCAUUGGUUUUAUCAGGAUAAAUGUAACAGACUCUUGCUAUAAAAUUUCAAAAUCUUCAAAAGUCUUCUAUUCUUAAAAAGAGACCACUUAAAAUACCACAGACUCUCAUGAGCAGAAGAGUCUGUAGGCUUCACAACUGUUAACCUACUUAUUACACAGUCAAUAUAUAUUAUCCCAUCUCUAACAAAAUGUGAACUUCAGUUCUCAACAGUUAUAGGAAACUAUAGGAAAUAGGUACAUCAGGUUUAUACUAAGACAGCAUUUUAGACAGCAGUAGACAGCCAUAUUUCUGUUGGAUGAGGAAUGUGUAUGUAGAAAGUACAUACUAACUGCCUUUAUUUACUCCAAAAGUAUUUUAUAGGGAAGAAUACAGUAGAUUGAGAGCCAGUGUGGUA